UUAGUUGCUUGACAUGGCGAAAUCGUACGAUUUUUUGUUUAAGUUGCUUCUCAUAGGAGAUUCUGGAGUCGGUAAAACGUCCAUUUUGUUCAGGUUUUCCGAUAACAAGUUCGACGGAAGCUUCAUAUCGACAAUAGGUAUCGAUUUUAAGAUACGGAUUAUCGAAAUCGACGGGAAGAAAAUCAAGCUGCAGAUAUGGGACACGGCUGGUCAGGAGCGCUUCCGCACGAUAACGACCGCCUACUACAGGGGGGCAAUGGGCAUCAUGCUCGUGUACGAUGUCACAAAGGAAGCGACGUUCGAAAACAUAAAGACGUGGAUCAGGAAUACAGAUGAGCAUGCAGCUGCGGACGUUGAGAAGAUGAUCCUCGGAAACAAGUGCGACAUGAACGAACUCAGACAAGUUUCGAAAGAGCGCGGAGAGAAGUUGGCUAUAGAACACAACAUCAAGUUCAUGGAGACCAGUGCUGUGUCAUCAAUAAAUGUGGAGGAGGCUUUCUACACACUUGCGAGAGACAUUAAGGAGAAAAUGGAACGAAAGGUGGCGGCUCGGGCGCAGCCGAAGCCAACAGGCCCGCACCUACACUCUGUUGAGCCCGUGCGAAAGAGAACCCGGUUUACAUGCACUCUCCUAUGAUGUCCGUGGACGCUGGAGCUCGGAAGAGUGCAGUGACUCAUUUCAGUGCCUAACAAAGGGUGCCUGCCAGCUGCCAGAAUCCAGUCUUCGAUUGCCACGACGCGACGCAGCCAACGUUUUUUCGCGGGUGGCUGUCACGCGCCUCACCUGGCUUGCUACUCCUAGGCACUUCAUGUCCAUCUCGCCUCGAGCGUGCGCACCUCACAUCGCUGCACGUGCGGCCACAGGCAUAUACAUAUACACACAAAACGCCUCUUGUUUUGACCACAAGGUGCCCAGUCUUAUUAUAAACACCCAUGUGAACGGCAAUCAAAGAAAAGGUGCACUUUGUCUUCCACGGUUUUCUUCCGUCUGUACAGUAGUGCCUUAUUUAUGUGGGCGCACCAACACCAGGUAAGCUGAGCCUAGUUACUCUUGCACAAAUGGUCAUAGUUAUGCUGAACCUCAGUUGUGGCCUGCAACAGUUACGCUCACUCGCGUGGAAAACAUAAUUGCCGUCACUAUGAGCCAUGCCGAGUGCAUGUACACAGUAACAUUGUCCGUGUAACUGAACGUAACCAUUGUGAACAGAAACAGAAUAAUUAAGCGACAGCUUGAAAUUCAGUUGAAGUGGACUGUUUGUGACUUUGCAAUCAGGCGUUUCACAUAACAGGAUUUACUUUGUGCAGGCUGAAGCAACCUCGACUUAACUGCAGCUGGUGUGCCCGUGUAACUGAGGUCCAAAUAAUGUUUUCCUUGGUCUUUUUUUUUUUUAUUCCCCUGCAUCUUGAUUGUACUCCCAGUUCAAGGGCGAGUGCCUCUGUUAUGAAAGGGUCAAAAGGAACAAAAAGCGUUUGUCUUGUGACCUUGAACUGAUUGUACGUUUUUUAUUUUAGAUUGAUGCAACCUUUACAGGGUGUGUUGGGUGUUUUGAAGGAUGUUAACUGAACAUGUGUACAGCGUUAUAAACGUCCAGGUUGUUUUUUUUGUUUUCUCAUUCUGCCAAUCCUGUUCCCUUGUAAGUGCAUUAUUUCAUUUCUACUGCUUUCAUUUGGAUCAUUUUUUUUUCAUUAAUGCAGAGCACAGAAACCUGCCUGCUUUUCUUUUCUAUAUUUUAAUGCCCAAGGACAAGUCAGCUUUAUUGAUUUUUUGUUUUUUCAUUAAUGCAGAGCACGGAAAUUGCCUGCCUUUCUUUUCUACAAUUUUAUGCACAAUGACAAGUCAGCUGUAUUGUGACAUUGCUGGCAAAACUUUACUGGCCAGCAUUUCUCAGUCAAGAGUUAAGGUGAAGCAUUCUGCCCUUAUAACGUGGUGCUGAGCAAAUAAAACGCUGACGAGAAUGUCUAAAUGUGUGCAAGACCAUCAGUGCUACUAAACACAAAAUCAUACCUCACUUCAUAUUUUGUCACCAAAAAUCUGGCACCAAACUUGCUAAUUAUUGGGGCAGGCUCAUCUUAAGACAUAUUUUUGUUCAUUUCUUCAGCGAUCCUGAUUAUACUGCACAUGCUUAUGCAGUUUUUCUGCUGAUUUCAAAUAUGUAAUUUUCCUGUAACUCAUUCUGUUCCUGAGAUAACUUAAGUUCACCACCUAUUGUAUAAGUCUUAAAAAGUGAAAAAAAAGUGCUUAAUUAAAAGUCAUAUUUAAGAUAUGGCAACAUGGACUAAUGACUAGAGAUUGCAAGUGUGCAAGAGUUUUUUUUUUGCUUUUCAGCCUUUCUUGGUUAUUUUACAGCAAAAUUAACUUUCCAUUUUCAUAAGCAGUCGCAGUUGUGUUACAGUUUUAAUAAGUAAUUAAUUUAAAAGGCUUGGGCUCUAAAUCCUAAAAAAGUGCUUAGUUUGAAACAUGGCAACAUGUACUAAUGACUGGAGAUUGAAAGUAUGCAAGAGUUUUUUUGUUUUUCAGCUUUUCUCAGUUAUUUUACAGCAAAGUUAACUUUCUGUUUUCAAAAGCAGUUGCGAUUGUGUUACAGUUUCUCUGAGUAAUUAAUUAAAAAGGCUCGAGCUCUAAGCUCUGCUUCCAUACUUGCAAUCUAUGCACAUACUGGUUUCUAUUGCGAAAAGAAUUAUUGUUGUACCAGCCCUAGCUGCAGAGAUAUUGAGGCCUCAAAAUUGAACAGUCGUAUAUUUACUUUUUCAGGAAAAGGGAAAAAUCUGAUAACACGCAGUUUCUCCGAAUAACAUCAAUUAUGGUGUGUUUCUCUUGCAAUGCUCAUAAAGGUGCUCAUAAAUUGGUAGUGGAGCUUCGGGCACAGGUGCUGGCAAAUUAUAAAGAAGCUUCGAAGUAGGCUCCCCAUUUUUUGCGGCAUCAGCAUUGUGCUCUAGCACCGAGACUCUGGGCAGUCAGAAUGGCAUUACAAAACAAAACUACCACUUCCUGGUAGGUGAAAAUUUGCAGGGAUAUAGAAAAAUACUGGCGGAAAGCAAAUAUGUCAAUUUAAGAAAAUGAAUUUUUUGAUCACUCUUUGGUCCCAAAGACCAGUCUGCCCCCUUAACCUGAGUCGAAAGUGGCAUGAGCCGAAAUGGAAGAACACAUUGCGGUAGUUGACCGUAACUUCUUCACGUUUCAUUCAUGUGACCACGAAUUCCUGACUAUCUGUCAAAUCAGUCAUUGUAUUCAAAGCGCUGUUGAUUCAACUUUUCUGUUUGUCAUAUGCACAUCUCUUAUUCUCCUGCCUCCUACUGUGCCUGAAAGUUUUACUUUUCUUCUUUUUUUUUCAUUUUCAGUUUUUUAACGGUGCUCUGAAGUUGCACCAUGUACUUUGCAGUUGCUAUUGCAUAUAACUGUAUACAUAUACUCACAGCCCCCUUUCUUUUUCUUACUCAGCCUAGUGUGUGCAAACACAGCAGUUUUAUACACUCAAGUUUGCAAGCAUGCCCUUCUUUCACGCUGCCAAAUGCUCCUCUGCCUAUUUAAGUGUGUUAACCAUCGUCACGUCUAAUGUUUAACCAACUAAUGCCGUUAUGCACAACUCCUUUAUCUUCUCAGUGCAUCUGGAGCAACUUUUGCUUUAAUGGCUUUUUAAAUAUCAAUCGUAGGGAGGGAGGGAACGACGGGGAGAGGGCAGUUUUUCAGUGAUAUGGGUUCAUGUGUUGCCAGACACUGGCAUCACGUGGGCACCAGCUUUUGUGUCGUAGCUUUUGCAUACGGUUUUCACUCAAAAUCAUGCUUAAUAUCAAAUACACACAAAAAGUAGAUCUUUGUUUAUAAUAAAAUAACGCACUUGAUCGUACCAAAUGCAAAACGUACCACAGUUGAAUCUCGAUCAAGUGAAGUUUUAUCCAAUAUAAAACCGCUUGUUAUAGCUCAUGCAUUUUUUGAAAGUAGAUAAUCAGCGCAUGCUACUAUCACAGAGAGCUGUUUAAAUUUUGCUUUGUUUUGUUGGUGUUGGACUGUGUUACACAAACAUAGUGCCGCAUGCUUUGUUAUGAUUGUCAAAUUGACGUAAGUAGUUAAUUGUACAUUAGUCUGACGAAACUUGCAGGUGAUACUCCGUGUGGUGGGAAACUCUUUCAAAAGCAUAAUUAAGUGAGAAAAUGCAGUCCAUCGCACGAAUAACGUGUCGCACACCCACAAGCUGAGAGGUGAGAGUAACAGCUCAUGAUUCGGGAUUGUACAGGCAUUGCUGCCUGUAUUCAAACAUUGAACCUGCUUCCAUCUGCUGGCAGUUAGAGAACAGAAAACCUUUGCAAGCUCGUGCUUUUGCAAAUGCACACCAUUCCUGGGUAUUCAGUUGCAUGACACAAAAGUAGCACAUACAGACAUUGUAGUAUAUACCAUCGUGGACAAUCUCAUCUUUGUUAUUUUACUUGAUUUUUUUUAUUUUAUUUUUUCAUGAGAACAUUUUUCGCCUUACUAUCCUGUUACUCUAUUUUUCUCUCUCAUGACAUAGCACUGUGUUUAAUUUGUUCUGAUUGGACAGCUUAAUUGUAUCUGCACAAGAGACCUUAAGGGGGCAGACUGGUCAUAGACAUUUUUUGUUUAUUUCUUCAGCGAUCUUGAUCAAACUGCACAGGAUUAUGCAGUUUUUUCUGCUGAUUUCAAAUAUUUAAAUAGUUUUUCUGUAACUCAUUUUGUUCCUGAGAUAACUUAAGUUCACCACCUAUUGUUUAAGGCUGCCAUAUAAAGAAGUGCUUAAUUAAAAGUAAUAUUUAAUAUAUGCUAACAUAGAUUGAAAGUAUGCAAUUGUUUUUUUUGUGUUUUUAGGUUUUUCUUGGUUAAAUAACCAAGAAUGAACUAUUCGAACAGCAAAAUGAACUAACCAUUUUCAAAAGCAGUUGUAUUUAUAUUACAAUAUUGAUGAGUAAUUAAAAAAGCUUGUGCUCUAAACUCUGCUCGCAUACUUGCAUUCUACACACGUACGGGUUUUCAUUGCAAAAAGAAUUAUUGUUAUACCUGGCCUAGCUGCAGAGAUAAUGAGGCCUCAAAAUUUAACAGUUGUAAAUUUACUUUUAUGAGAAAAAUUGAAAAAACUGAAAACACACAGCUUCUUCAAAAAGCAACAAUCAUGGUGUGCAUGUUUUGCAAUCCUCAUAAAGGUGUUCAUAAAUUCGUAGCAGAGCUUCUAACGCAGGUGCUGGCAAAUUAUAUAAAGAAUCUUCAAAGUCUGUUCCCCAUUUUUGGCAGGUUCUGCAUGUUAACAGCACCAAGAAUCUAGACAGAGUGACAUUACAAAAAAAAAAUUACCACUUUCUGUUGUGUGAAAAUUUGCUGAGAGAUAGAAAAAUAUUUGCAGAAACUAAAUAUGUCAAUUUUAAAAAAUGAUUUUUUUUGUCACUUUUUGGCCCCCAAAACCAGUCUGCCCCCUUAUAAAAAAGGGGAAACAAUUCGUAGAAAAAAAAAAUCUCUACAUGGUGGCUGGCAUCUCAGAAUCAACCCUUGUUGUUAUACCCUUUACACUGCAUUACCCUGGUGCCUCAUUGGCUGUAACCUACGCACAAAUCAAGACAGCCUUGUGUUGUCAGACAAGGCUUUUUGUACCGACUUACCCUUCAUGGGUUACUUGUGAUGGUAGUCUACAUGCUAGAUUAGUUUCAGUGUGACACAUUCCCUUGCCCACAGUGUUUGAUGAUGACUGAAUACAAAUGUGCUUCACUGUUCAGACACUCAGUACGGUUUCUCUAUACACCACUUUUCAUAUGCUGAAGUCCACGCAUUCAUGUUGGCACUCAGAGUUGUCGCUAGGCAGCAUAGGUUGGUGUAAACUCGCUAUAAUUCAACGUUUAUUAAGGAUUCUAACCAAUUAAAACAAGUAAAAAAAGUUAAGCUUGGCCUAUGGUGUUAUAAGUAGUUGAAUUUGAGACUGGCCAGUCAACGUUAUUGCUGAGUUAUUGUUUUGACAUUCAGGGGGUUUGUCAGGGCAUCUAAUAAUAGCAGCAGUCAUGGAACCCAAUAGCCUUAGAAGCAAGCCCAUGUUUGAUAUUGAAGUCACCGUGGACCUCGGUUAAAGAGACCACGAAUUUGUUUUUGGCUCAGUCAUCACAGAAGAGACCAAUUCAAAAGUUUUUAUGUUUGGAUACAAUCACAUUCUAUGUCCAUGCGGAUUUUGAUUGCAAAUGUGCAUACUAGAAGUAGUGCAAAAAAAAUUGUGUUACUGUUUAGGUACAUGGUUAGGCAUCCACAAAACUCAGUCUUGAUAAGGAAGCUUUGCAGCAGACAAUGUUGGUUGUGAGUGCACAUUUAAAGUUCCUCAUAACUCCACUGACUGUAUAAAUAUAGAUAUGUGCUUUGCAGAAGUUUGAAGUUCAAGCAAGUCAACCAUUUUGUUACAAGAAGUUUCACGAUUAAUGUUAACCUGGGAAAAAAAACAGCAAAUAUUUAUGUGCGCAAAGAGUAGUUUAUCGGUAUCAUCUGUUCCAUGUGCUUAUAGCCUAUAUUUCGAACUCUGGUGCAAGGUUUCUCAACUCGAGCCAAUUUCAGUGAAGGUAUUUGCAUUGCUCAUGGUUUGCAUGGUGUUCGUUCCUAUUUACAGAGCCGACAGCAAGAUAUGUGCUUUACGGUCUUUACUCUUAAGUUGCCCUUUCGUGAAAGUUAAUCAAGCUGACGAAAACAAAAACUUGAGCUAUCUUUCCAAAGGAACACACCUACUUCUUUGUUCUAUGUAAUAUUGAGAGGCUUGGGAUAAUUUUUGUAUAGCACUGCGACAUAGGAAAGGGAACGGUUGACGUUUUGGAUUCGACUUUCUUUUUGUAAAGGUAUUGUGUAUACAAUAGGAACUUCACACCAAAUGCAUUAGCUUGCAAUACCUUGAUGCUUUGUACAGUAUGACAAUACUAUCCUUCUUGUCCUAUGACAUUUACACAAUGUGUCUCAUGCAGCCUGAAAUGUGCUUUUUUCAGAAACCCGUACUCUUCCCCUGUCUGUGCUGCAUUAGAGAAGUGUGUUUCGUAAUAAUGCCAUUUGAAAACCACGUGUUCCUCAAGAAAGGUUUGGCCCAUCAGUUUGCAUGACGAAGAGUGAAAUGUGUUCAUAGACAUCUAAAAAUAGAAACACGCAUUAAUUAUAUGUGCCUGCUACUCUCGGUAGUUGGGUGAUGGUGAUGCCUGCUAGGAUCCACCUGUGUGGGCCUGUCAAAGCCAAUGGUAUAAUGGUAUUUCUUCAAAUGGAUAUUGCAAAUUCACUAUCCUGGUGCUGCUUUUCACAUGGCUAUUAGUAGAGAAAUUGCAGUAAAAUAACAAGGUUAAGACGAGAAAUAAUCUUGGAUUUUAUCACAAGUCCGUAGAUAAAAAGUAUUCACUGCAUUUUGUAUAUUUGGUUUGUCUUGAAGCAUUGUGAACUGGUGAAUGUCAAAAAGUUGUUAGAAAAUGCUGUAUAUUACAUUUAAAAGCAAGAGUGUUGGUGCUACGAGCGAUACAUAACUUGCAAUAAUUCAUUUUUACACUGUCAGCAGAGCAUACUGCUACAUUAAUACUCGCACAAUUGGUAAACAGCGAUAUGAAAAAAGUGGAAUUGCCAUUAUAGGCAUUCUUUUGGGAAAGGGAUGUACAUCGUCUUAGUCAAUUAACAGUAUUCAAUGAUCCUGGUCAGACGCAUUUGCUUGUUACUCAUAGGCAAUUUUAUGUGAACUCGAGGAAAUAUCAAAAUGCACGGGGAUGACGAGAAGCAUGUGAUAUUGGUCCCUUUCAAUAAAAGUUUUUUUCUUUUUCAUUA